GCACUUCCGGUCCCCAAGACAACAAGGAAGUUCAACCGAUGCGUGAGCAACGACGUCAACCAGCGAACCGUCUCCUCUGCGCGAGCCCGUCUCACCUCCCUCCGCGUGCCUGUCCGGAAUGGCGAUGUCCACGUUCCAGAAGGUGACGCUCGCGACGUGUCUCGUGCUCUGCGUCGCUCUGCUGCUCCCCAAGAUGCUGUUGUCCGGCGGCAGGAAGGAUGCUGCGGAGGGUUCAGGUCGCUUCCCUUCGAUGAUGCAACGUCAGGCGGCUCCGGAGGGUCGAGGCCAGAGGGCCGCGGGCUCCAGAGCCCACGGCACCGAGGCCGUGGGCCGGGCCAAGGGGGCAGGAACGGGGGUGGGGACCGGGGGCAAGUCCAACCUGGCGGGUCAGAUCAUCCCCGUGUACGGCUUCGGGAUCUUACUCUACAUCCUCUACAUCCUGUUCAAGAUCACCAAUAAGGGGAACAACAACAAGCCUUCAGAGAGCCGGUUUCCUUCGGUUCGCUCGGAGAACACGAAGAGAAAGAUCUCUGACUUUGAGUUGGCCCAGCUGCAGGACAAACUGAGGGAGACCGAGCUGGUGAUGGAGAACAUUGUGUCCAACGUCAACCACAGUCCUGACAGGGUGGAGGGCGUGACGGCCGACCAGGAGGAGAGUCUCCUGCAGCAGCUCACGGAGAUAACUCGGGUGAUGCAGGAGGGCCAGAUGGUGGACGACGUGGCGCCGGAGAAGAAGAGCCGGGAGGACUGGGAAGACGACCCGGAGGAGCCUCAGCAGCAGUGGGAGUGUUCCGGCUGCUGCUGUCGGCGCGGCGACCACCGCCACGGCCCGGAGACGGAGAGGACUCGGGCCGACGGAGAAGGAGAAGAAGGAGGAGGAGGAGGAGGAGAAGGAGGAGAAGGAGGAGAAGGAGGAGGAGGAGAAGAAGGAGGAGGAGAAGGAGAGGCUUCUUCCGACGGAGCGGAGGACCCCGGUGAAGAGCGUGAAUCCGUGGGUCCGGAGGGCGGAGACGGAGCAGACGGAGCAGACGGAGCGGGCGUCCCCGAGGACGGCGUCCCCGAGGACGGCUUCGCCGGCGUCCUGGAGGAGCUGGAGCUCACGCUGAAGGUGACGUCCGCCAUGGAGCGGGUGAAGCUGGAGGACCUCAGCAGGGCGACGGAGACGGAAGCGUCCUGCGGCGCCGUGAGGCGGAGGAACAACAAGAGGAGGAGAGCCAAGAGAGCCGCGCACUGACUUCAGCCCGGGGUCCUCUUUUUAACCUGCUCUCCUCAGAGCGGCCUCGUGGUCUUUACUCAAGUUUCAUGGGACCAAUAUCAGCUUUAUCCUCUGGCUAGUGAAGGAAAACGUGUAGUUUGUCUUAAAACAUUAUUACACUUAAAUAUUUAAGAGAAAAAAAAGCCUGCAUAUAUUUAUAAAGUGUUUUUAUUUAACGUGAAGACGCUUCCAGGUGAAGUUUAGAUGUCGAAACGUGCCCCUCAGUAUUUAUUAUAAUUUUUCUCUUUGCACAAUUUGACGUCAUUCACAUGAAAGCGUUUAAAUUCUGGAGGUGUAUUUUAAAUAAUUAUAAACGACCAGCAGACGUGACGAGUUCUACAAAUUAACGUUUUAAAAACUUUAGAAAGAAUACAUUUGCAAAAGAAAAUAAAUACUAAAAAGACUUAAUUUGCAUCACACACACACACACACACAGUGCAACUGGAGCAAAUAUAAAGUAUUAUGGUCUUUCAAUAGUUGCAGAAUUAUAAUCCCCCUCAGCUCCACAGAGCAGAUGUAACCGUGUCCUCUUAACUCUUUUAUGUCGUGGAUGAACUUAUUUUAAUAUUUAUUUUAGAUGACACACAAUUAAUGCACUUUAGUCUUUUUAAGAAAAAGGGUGACGUAAAAAAAACGUCCCGUCUUCCCGUCGAGUGUUUGUGAUCGAGAAAUAUUUGGUCUUCUCUAUCGAUAUUGUUUAAAGUAAAUAAUAAAAAAAAUGUUGUGUUCUAAAUUAUUAAGUAAGAUUUUUACUUUUUAUAAACUGAAUUAUUUAUUUAGCACAUGGAGCAGAUCAGUGAUUAAAAUACUGUGGAGAA